AUAUCUCACUGAAUCUCCUUCUGGCAAGGUAUUGCUCGUCAAACUUCUAUAUUCUAAUGUUUUAUGUUUGUCAUGCCAAGAGGCAAACGCAUAAAAAAUCCAUUGAAGUUUGUAGAUGAGAGGGAUAACAACAAUGCUUCUCAUUCACUUCAACUUCCAGCACCAGCAGCAUCUAAAAAUACCAACAACAAUGCUGAUUUGUGUAUUUUCUCAAAUGGCUUAUAUAAUGGACAUAAAUGAGGAGGAGAGAGUGAAGGAAAAAAUAGUUGAAGUUGGAAGAGCUCAUUUUGAGACAGAGUCAACACAGUUUACAAUUUUGGAUGCACCUGGUCACAAAAUCUAUGUUCCUAACAUGAUUAGUGGUGCAUCUCAAGCCGAUGUUGGAGUGUUGGUAAUUUCUGCUUGAAAGGGAGAAUUUGAAACUGGAUAUGAGAGAGGUGGACAAACUCGUGAGCAUGUCCAACUUGCAAAAAUAUUGGGUGUGACUAAGCUGCUUGUUGUUGUAAAUAAAAUGGAUGAUCCAAUUGUGAAUCGGGCAAAAGAAAGGUAUGAUGAGAUUGAGUCAAAGAUGAUUCUAUUUUUGAGACAAUCAGGAUACAAUGUAAAGAAAGGUAUUUGCCUUUGAUUUGUUUGAGGAAUAUUUGCUUGCCAUUCUAAUAAUUAAUUAAUAUGUUUUUAGUUUUUGGGUUGUGGAUGUAUUUGUGUGGAUCAGAGUGGCCAUGUGAGUGGACUAUUUUACUUUGACAUAGAGAACAUUAUUAAUUUUGAAGCAUGAUGGGAGUGACAUUUCAGUUAUCAUAUUUCAACCAAAAAAAGGGCAAGAGAAACACUAGCCAGCACUAGCAGCCUAGUCCCACAUAGUGGGUUGUUUUUUGAUUACAUAGAUCAAAUGAAUAUUAUGGAUCAUAUCCAUGUUUAUACCAUUUUUUUAAUUUGAAAUCUCUUUAUAAUUUCCCCUAUAGUUUGUCUCCUACUACAUUAUCUUCAUUUAAUUCACUCCAAACUGGAGCCUCUAAAUGUCUUAUCAAUACAUGUUUCUCACAUUUCUUGAAAAUUUCUUAUUCUCAAUUUGAGUGGUGAAUGUUAUUUGUCUUGUUCAAUGCUGAUGAAGCUUGGGACAUUAAGGAGGCUGAAAUACUGGUAGUUUAUUUGGCAAAGUGCUUUAUAGGUUUAGAAUC